GAACAAUUCUUCUAACCCCAUUUUUCGAGUUUCUUGAAAGGAGGAACAUUACAACAAAGGGUAAAAAAAAAAAAAAGAAAAGAGAGAAAGAGUUUGGAUGGCGUCAUCACAAGUUGAGAGGGUUGCAUCGUCUUCUCCAUUCGGUUGUGUUCUUCGCGACAGGAAUCGGCCUGACCGAUGCAAUAGGGAGGCAAGCAACGCCAAUUCCUCCAGAGCCGCUACUAUCCAGAAGAAUCUCAAGGUUUUGGUCAGAGACCAUCUUCAUAAUUGCAUCUCUGUAUCUCCUGAUGAGAAUUCCCUAUCACAACAAAAUAGUGAUAACUUGGGUUCCGUCACCAUUCCGAGCAACAGUCGUAAUAGCCCAUCAAAAAAUGAAAUAGGAAAUAACAACAACUCUUCUUCUUCUUGUUCUUCUUCAACCCGCAUGAGCAGCCGACAGGCAAGGAAUUUGGACCGUUGGGCAGCGAAGCAGGCAGAGCAAAUGGUAUCAACGAUCGAGAGGCAGAAUCAGGAGGCAGAGCUUUGGGUUGUGGCGUCAAGCAAUCCAUGCUCUUCUUCCAAUUCGAAGGAGCCCGAGAAUCGUGUAAUCUCUUCCCAAAACUCAAUAGCCGAGAGUGAGUGUUCCUCUAAGAGCCAGAUUGGGGCUUCUUCUCUCGUACAAAUAUGGGAGGCAAGGCUGAACCAACCUAAAUCCAAUCAUCAAAUGUCACAACAUAGCAGAACUAGCUCUGUUUCCAGCCUCGACAAUCUUAAUCUUAUCGAAGAGCCUUCUAGGCAUUCCGAUGUUUUCGACUCGGUUUCUAACAACGAUUUGCUCGCCGACUGGGACUCGACAGCUCAAAGCACAACUUCAACCAUAAACCGCCGUCAUUCUGAUGCUGGUUUGGACAAGGAAAAAGUCAGGAUUGCGGAUAUCAUACGACGUUUGACGUGUGAUGUGCACGAUCAUCAUCAUGAUCCUGGGAAUGGCAACAAUUGUGAUACCCCUAGAAGGACUUCCACCAGUUCAGAACCUUCCUUUGAGCAUAGAGGAGGAUGGCCGCUAAUUGUGAACUCACCAAGAAUUCGAGGUCGGCAAGCAUUUCAUGAUUUGCUUCUCCACAUUGAGCAGGACCGCCAUAAAGAGCUUGGUUCCCUCGCUGAGCGCCAAGCUGUCUCAAAAUUUUGUUACCGUGGUCGCAUUCAGUCUUUAUUGAAGUUGAGAUUUCUAAGGCGUGAUGUGGGGGUUCAAACUCGACCAGUACCAGUACCACCAACAUGUAAACCACCACAACAUAGUUCUAGCAUUAUGCAGCUCAGGGAGAGAUUGAAGGCAUUUCUUGAGCAAGAAAAAAGUGGCCGAAAAGAAGCUAUUGCCCCAAAAAAGUCAUCUAGACCAGAGAAGCAUUGUAGACAAGUAGACAAUUUUUUGACCCAGCAUCAAUCCAUUUCUGAGGGCCAGUCCCAAGAAAAGGCCCCACACACUGAUUUGAUGAGUACAUUCGUCUCGGUAGAGCAUCUAGAGAAACAAGAAAAGAAGCCAAGUGAGUCCCUUGAGCAUAGUGAACUACCAGUAGAGGAAUCUAUUUUCCAAGAAAGUAAGCCUUUGCUGGAAAAUCAUGAUACAGAACAUGAAGCUAUACUUGUGACAAGGAAUCAGGUCGAGGAGAAAAGAAACAAAAUUGAAGGCCAAUUGAAAGAGGAGGAAAAUAAAUUUUCCUUGGAGAAAAAAGAAUUAAAGCAAAACAAUGAAUUAGAUGAUAUCCCCAUUCUUGACAAUAUUGCAAUUCACAGCUCGAUAGACGCAUGGCAAGAAAGAAACUUGGAGUGUGAAAUGGAGUUAGAAUCGAUGAAGAACACAAGCAUACAACAAACCGAGGAUUUGCAUCAUAUUCCCAUUCGACAAGAUAAUACAGUUCAAAGCUCGGUAGAAGCAUGGAAGGAAAGAAACUUAGAGUUUGCAAUGGAGGAAGAUCAAGAGGUAGAAGCAAGUGAUGAUGAAGAAGAAGAAGAGUAUUUUGAGGAAGCUCCAUAUGAUUGGUUUAGUGAUAUAGCUAAACCGCGUAGCUAUUGGGAAGACAUGAGACGAUCUUGGUAUGACGAGAUGCUAAGCAGUGGUUGUGGAAAUCGAGACAUAAAGGAACUUCUCGAGAGGAAAACAGUGUCAAGCUUUCUUUCUAGUGAAUUUCGGGAAAGGAUUGAUAGGUUGAUGUUGUCUCGAGCCCGGAUUCAAGCUAACCAAGAACAACAGAGAUCAGAGGCUGAUGAAAACCAAGAGAAGAUGGCACAACUAGCAUUAUCAUACUUCCACAGAGAGGUUAAUGAAGAAGAUGAUGAUGUGUUUCAAGAAAAACAAAGUGAUCGUGUUGAAAACACUGAAGAACGAGAAGAGGUCGAUGAAGAGGCAGAAGAAGAGGAAUCAGAAAACGAAGAAGACGAAGAAGAAGAAGAAGAAUAUAUGGAUCAGGAAGAACAUCAACAAGAGAGCUUAACAAGUCGACAGUUUGUCGAAGCCAAUGAUCUUUUUGACCAGUCCUCCCAAUCACUCUUUUCACCUUCUCCAUUUAGAUCAUGGAAUUAUGGUGAAAGGCAAGAGAUGGAAGAGUAUGAUAGAUUCUCAAAUGCCGCUUCUCAGCUACAUAAUCAACCAUUCCGAAGCAGCAGUCAGGAUAGAAGAAGAUGCUCGUGCUCUACAAGUCAUGCAUUAAUUGAGGUCGAUGUGGUGAAUGAACUAAGAGGAAACAUGGAACAAAUAAGGAGUGAAAUGACAGAUCUUAGAAAGCUAGUGCAAAGUUGUAUGGAAAUGCAAAUGAAUUUCAUGAGUUUGGUCAAGCACGAAAUUAAACCAGAUGAAGUGGGCACAGGAAUGAACUCAACAAACUUUCAACAAGAAUGAAUGAUGACUUUAUGGCACAAAAUGUGAAGCUAACAGAAUGUGAAUUAUUUAUUAUCUGCAAUGUACAUGAGUCACAUAAAGGGUUUUCCCAUGGCCAUAACCAGAGAUGGUAGUGUUGGACAUUGAAGAAUCCCACUUUCUUUCUAUGUUACGAGGAGAUAGAAGUGGAUUCAAUUUUGUAUAGAAAAAAAGAUUGCUCCUGAUUCCUUAAGAAGGGAAUUACAAACUAGAUGUAUAUGAAUGUUUGUUCUAGUUGGCAAAGGGUCAAAUGGUUUGUGGGUAGCUAGAUGCAAUCACAUUGGGAAGUGCACAAUUUGUCGAGCUCUAAUUUUAGGGUGAAGUAAAAGCUGACUCAUACUCCUACAAAAUUUUAAGUAAGAGAAGAAGGAAGUGGAUAUGUAUCAUAUAAGUCUGCUCAUAAAGGAAACGAGUUCCUAUCUCAGAGGACCUUCUGAAUUUGGUUUGAAGGGAUUCCAAAAACUCCAUAUUGGCUUAUAUAUCAUCUUCUAACAUUAGUCGUAGCUAUUUGACUUCAGAAACCUCUCAAUUGUAUUUAUUUUUACGCCAUUCAAAUUGAUAACUCCUCUUGUAUAUAUUCAAAGGAAACCAAAAAUUAUAUUAACUUGACAGAAGAUAAAUGAGAUUAGGAAAACCAACUUACUUGUUUGUGUUCCCUUGUAUGUGUAUCAUAUGCGAUAUAAAUACUUGAAUUUAGGCGGACAACAAAUUUAUGAUGAAAUCUCUCGUUCUUUCUCUUAUAAUUUUUGAAUCCUUUUGAAUGCGAACAUAAUCGUACAAAUAUUAAUGUACAUACUUUAAAUAUUUUAUAAAAGUUAACCAUCCAGGAUAGCUAAGAUAAUUGAGUUGAGUGCUUAGAAAGGUUUUCCCAUAUCUUCAACAUCAACAAUCUUCCAUGUGGAGAAUACUCUUGCGGUGCAUAUAUGAAUGUAUUCUAUGCUUUUGGUAGCAAGAGUUUGCUCAUCUUGUUUUGCCCUGCUGGAACUUCAUAGAAGGAUUUUCCUCUUUCGUUAGUGGAAGAUGGACACAAUUGAGGCCAAAGCCGGAGGAACCAACAUGCAUAUCAUUACCUUGCCUUAAUAGGGUUACGUAAUAAUGGAUGUAUUUGUUGGGAUGGAGGUGGGUUAUGGUAUUCAAAAAUGCCGCCUAAGAUAACUCGAUGACCGUAGAAGGAUGGUAUUCAAGCCACUAUGAGAACAAAGUUACCAAGGGUGGGAACCAGACUUAUGAACCAACUAAGGUCUAUACAGAGUAGAAUAAUUAAGACUCCAUAACCAAAUAUGGGCACUCAUGACCCACUAACUGGUAGAGAUGGGAUAAUUUACAAGCAAUGAGUGACAAAACUCCAAUGGGUUAUCAUGUUAGAUUCCCAUGUUGAGAAGAAUAAAUUUUAGUAAAGACCAAAUUUUGCAGAUAAAGUUGUUAUAAGAGUAGACCUUAAGGCAACUCGUUGAUCAUAUGAUGAUCCUAGAAGCCAUUACAAUGUUGAAGUCGUCAAUGAAAGAAGAAUUCAAUAAGCCACAUCGACCAAGUAAGCAAGAUGAGGGUUGAGAGAGGGGAUAUCUAACAGGUGUAUAGAAUUUAGAAAGCUAGACAUACAAUGAAGGCAUCAAGGGGAAAGAAAUGGGUGAACCACUAGUCUACAAGGACCACAUAUGAUUAGAUGGAAGGAUUUAUAGGUCAUGGCGUACAAGUUAAAGGAGGUUCAAAUCCUCGUGGUAAAAAAAGAGGGUUCAUCAAAAGCAGGGCUUGGAGUAGUCACAAUGGACAAAUUUUGAGGUUGAAAUUUCUAUAAGUGGGGAGGAAAUGUGGUACCUUGAUUUUGAUUUAGGUUCCCUACAACAACUAUUGAAGGAGUUGAACCAAGAAAUCAAACUGAAUUGG